ACUAACAUUUGCCCCGGCCCUCUUUUUUCUCUCUCUUUGGCAAUCUUUGAAAACUUCUCUUGAAUCUCUCUGAAUUGGAAAAAGGAGACGACGAUACAGAGCAACAGAUUGCGUGUCAGGCUGGAUUUUCAGGUUCCUGGAGAAACAAGAAAGAUGGCCGUUAACUGUUUUUGAAGAAAUAAAAGUCAAGAUAUUCAAAGAAAACACUGGAUUAAAAUACAUCAUUUUGCAUUUACAAAUGGCAUCAUUUGUAGGGGAUUAUUUCCUCUUUUUGUUCCCAUCCGUGCUACUUUUGCUGCUGUCUCUAACUCUCCGCUUGCCCAGAGUGCAUUGUUGGACAGGGCUGGCAGUCAGGGCUUUAAGCUGGAGACUCUGGGUUAUUAUUUGCCUGAUCCUGGGGCUGCCACUUCACAAGAACACCAGUGCAAGGGCUGAAGAGGUCAAAUCGGCAGGGACUAAUAUUUUGUCAGGGUCAGGUCAGAUCUCAGAUGAAUCCAGACUCAUAUGCAAACCAACCGCGCUGGCUAAAUAUCUGCUCCGGCACUGUGGCUCUCUGGCCAAGCCGAGACUGGCCACCUGGCCGAGGGGAGACCCCCACCUCCAGACACUGUCAAGCCUGCUGUGGGGCCAACAUGGAGAGGCGUUGCAGUUCACUAGAGACAACCUGCUACUGAAAGAUGGGGGAAUCAUAGCUGUGGACUGGGCUGUAGGAACAAAGAUGGGUGAGGCUGCCACAAGAAAGAAGUGGGAUGUGAGGAAGGAGCACCAGUCAGGGGUGAGGGCACCGGGCUGCUUCACCUCAGCACCCCCUGUCCUCCUCCUCAUCCCUCAAUACUGGGGAGGGAUGACCCCCCACUUAAAGAUGCUGUGCCAACAGGCUCUGUGUCAGGGCUUUUAUGUGGUGGUCUUUCACCCUCGGGGCACAGAGGGGUGCCCGCUGACCACAGCACGAGUAACCGAGUUUGGAGACCCAGCUGAUCUCGAGCAGGCGGUGGCUUAUGUCCACAGCCGCCACCCGUCCUCUGUGCUUUUUGCAGUGAGUGAGGGGUCAGGCUCAGGGGUUCUUCUUUCAUAUUUGGGGGAGUGUGGAUCGAGCACGUACCUGACAGCAGCAGCAGCAAUCUCACCUGUGCUUCUCGGCCAACUGUGGUUUGAAACGCCUAUGCCUCCUAUUUACCGCUGGGGGGCACUGUUUCACCGAAAACAGCAGCUCAGAAGAUAUGCGAGUUCCUUCAGAGGCGUCCGGGAUGUGGAUCGAGCCCUCAGCUCUUCGUCCCUCAGGGACUUUGAGGAAGCACUUUUCUGCUCCCCACCUCAGCCUCAAUUAAGCCCUUUAAAUUCUGGACUGAGCUCAAGAUCUCACUCCCAGUGGGGCCUGGCAUCUUCAGCAGCCUGGGCGCUGGAUGAGAGGGCUUACCCAGCCAAGGACUGGGAAAGCUACUGGGAGAGAAACGAGCCACUGAGAGAUGCAGAUGAGGUGGCGGUCCCUGUGCUCUGUGUACGCAGCAGUGAUGACCCUCUCCUCCCGCCUGCCUCCACUUUGCCCCUUCCCCUUUUUAUGAGCAAUCCGUAUUUCUUUCUGAUGUUGACAGACAGGGGAGGGCAUUGUGGAUUUGCUCUGGAGGAGCAGGGGGGAGAAAUCUGGAGUCAUAUCUCAAUUCUGGAGUACUUUAGGGUCGUAGCUGAAUUCCUGCGUGGGGAUGAGAGGAACAGGGUGAGUUGGAGUGCUCUAAUGGAAGAAAAUAGUCAGGCUAGGCUGAGGGGCUGGAGCAUGGCUCCUGCUCGUAGGAGAAAAGCCACAGAGAUGAGAAGACCAAGACCACAGGCUGCUGAUCAAUGCACCAUGGAUGCACAAGAAGGGAAUUUCACCUGGAAGAGGUCCUACACACGCUGAAGGGGAGAGGAUGGAUUAUUCCCAAUUGUGGUAUUGAGAAGAUAAAAAACAAGUCUUUCAAAUACAAGCAGACAAAAGAAAACUUUUUUUUAACCAAGAAAAAAAAUGCAUAACUAAUGACAUUAGCUGACUAAUGCCUAUUGACAUUUUUUCAAAACACACUGGUCUUCAAAUAAAAGACCUUUAUGUUUCCUGUCACAUCAUGUGAAAAAGUAUUUGUCUGCUUUCUGACUAUUUUUUUGUAUAUUUGUCAGACUUAAGCAUUUCUUGUUAUCAAAAGACUUGAGAACAUGAGACAUAUAUAUGUCAAUGAUAACCUGAAUACAUUCAAAAUGCAGUUUUUAAAUCAUGCUUUCAUUUAUUAAAGGGAGAAAACAAAUUAUCUAAACCUAUUCGGCCCUGUUUGACUGCUGGUACGUUCUUUUUAUGAAAUGCUGUCACAGGUUUUUGCAUCAGAUCUAACUGGUCACAAACCUUCCAAAAAGUCUAAAGGUUUAACUCAGUCUUGGGGGAUUACUGACAUGUUUUUGGAGAAUGGGAGAUGAGUCUUUCACCCAGUCUCUUUCUUACUAUUGACCCAUUAACUCCGACCUUAAGGGGGCAAGUAAGCUGCAAACACAUAACUGCCUCAAAAUAUAUGUUUGUGUCUCCUGUGCUUUACGUCCAUGAACAGACUGGUGUAGAUGGGCUUAAGGUACAUGUAGGAUCUUAUUAUUAUUUUGGACCAUUUGUCUGAAAGACACAAAUAUCUUUAGUAUCUAUCAGUUGGGUGGUGGGGGUUAAUCAACCAAUCAGUGAUCAUUUUCAGGUGAGUAAUUUGUCAUCAAUUUCUUCUACCUGUUUAACUUAAGCAGUAGUGAA